AUGGCUGACCGAUUGACGCAGCUUCAAGAUGCUGUUAACCAGUUAGCUGACCACUUUUGUAACAGUAUAGGAGUGCUUCAGGAGUCAUCUGUACCUGGAAAAUUUUCAGGUUUUGAUAAACAAGAGCAGCAGCAACAAGCUGAAGAUAACUCAUUACUGUUUGCCCAACUGAUUGCAAGAACUGCCAAAGAUAUUGAUGUACUUAUAGAUUCAUUACCAAGUGAAGAUGCUACAGUAGAAUUACAGAAUGCAAGUAUACAGAGACUUGAAAAUGAGAACGAGGAAGCAGCAAGGAAAUUGAAAGACAUUGUCAGGAAAGGAGAAAUUCUCUUGGAGAGAAUACAAUCUGCGUUGAAAGAAAUAGCAGAUGCACAAUUGAAAUCUCAGAGUUCACAGAACACAACAUAGCAUAAGUGCAUGAGCUACACAUGCAAGAACCAGCAUGAGAUGGCAUGGAAAGCAAAGAUGUAAUAAUAAUAAGGUAUUCAUCAAUGCAAAACAUUCUGGUGACAAGAGGGAUUGAGACAUUGUGGAACAUGUUUUUCACACAGUAGACUUGGAGAUGACCUGGUAACUGGAUGAUGUACUUUGAAUGCUUAUAUUGACUCAUGGGUUGUUAGCGAGUCAGGAUAUGACAUACAGCAUGUAUAGAAUGAGAACGAGGAAGUAAAACUACUGAAAUAACAUUAUAUAAUCCAAAAUAGGGACUUUUGUUUGUCCUCCUACAUCACGUAGGUCUAUUCACAUGAGAAAUCCUAUUUGCAGCAAGUGGGACAUAUUGGGUGGGAUAUUGGAAUUGUCUCAGUCAGUUUUCAGGUUAUAUCUCAGGACAUCACUGACAUUGCCAAUGUAGAGAUAAUCAAACAAUGUACUUUCGAUAGUCUUCACUUUGUAAAUCACGAAAAGUUACUAGUAUUUUAAUGGAUUACAUUCAGUUUAGUACAGAGUGUCCUCAAAGUAAACAGUAACUAUCUCUGUUUCAUAUCUAUCAAUACAUCUUAUGAGAUCACUUCAUCAAACCAUUAUGACUGUGUUUCAUGAGCAGGAGAUCACAGGUCACUCAGUGGGCAACACGAAUAUCAUGUACAUCCAGUUAUGAAGGAUUUGCUGUAUUACCUCAAAAAAGAAAUACCUAAUUAUUUGUGUAAUAAUUUUAUAAAAUCAUUACCGGUAACUGCCAAUAUGUAUUUAAAAUACUUCUCCAAUAAAAGUGUAAAUGUAAA